UUUAGUUCAAAUCUAUUUUUAAAUUUUUCGGAGCUCAAAAUCUACCGUGUUCCUAUUAUCAAGGCUUUCUCACUGUUAAUUCAGAGCAUAAACCUUAAAAUUUGCAAGUAUGAGUAAAACAAUGAAAGCUUUGCAAUUUAACCGUCCGACAAAAACGCUUAAGCUUAAAGAGAUUCCCAUUCCGAAGGUAGAGAAGGGUGACGACGUUUUAGUUAAAGUUGUGUACUGCGGCAUCUGUGGUACGGAUCUGCACGCCAUCAAAGCGAACUACCCCACUGCCGAGCAUGACGUGACCUUGGGACACGAAAUUUGUGGAGUGGUGACAGAGAUUGGGGCCGACGUCAAGACUCUCAAAGUUGGCGACAAGGUCACAGUUGAUCCGUACAGAGGCUGCUACAAGUGCAGGUACUGUGCCAGCGGAAAUCCUCAAUACUGUCUUCACGAGGGCCCCAAGAACGCUCUGGGCUUUUUCCGCGACGGAGGAUGGGCGGAAUAUUGUCUGGCCCCAGCACAACAGGUUCACAAUAUCCCCGACUCCAUGGGUCUCGGCUUAGACCUGGCCUGUCUGGUGGAAACGCUCUCCACCAUUCAGCACGGUGUGGACAGAAUUGGGAUUGUGCCGCAUGACGCCAACGUUCUCAUCAUUGGAGCAGGCAUCAUUGGCAUUCUGUACGCGUGCAUCUUCCAUUUGCAUGGACACAAGAAUGUUAUCAUUUCGGAGCCGUCCAAUGAACGUCGUGCCCGUAUUGACGUUCUUGAGCUGGGCUACAAGGCGAUGGCGCCCGACCAGACGAGGGAAAUGAUGGCGAAGGCGGCCGAGGACCUCGAUGCGUUCGGACUGGAUUACGUCGUUGACUGCUCUGGUUACGCCCCGGCCGUGGAGGAGGCAUUCCAGUGGCUGCGGAAGGGUGGACAUCUCUGCAUCUUCGGAGUGGCGCCACCCACUGCUCGAAUCAGCAUCGCACCCAACCAGAUGUUCCACAAGGAGCUCAAGAUCCUCGGCACAUUGACCAACCCUUUCUGCUACCCGAAGGCCACAGCCCUCACUGCCGCGAUGGGAAUGCGCUAUCUCUCUUAUGAGAAGUUGGCCAUUCAAACAUUUGAUCUGAAGGAUUAUGAAAAGGCUCUGAGCUCUUUGGCAAGCGGAGUUAUUUCAAAGGCCGUCUUUAAAUUCUCGGAGUAAGUUUUAACCACUGUGUGCACUAAUUAACUUUAGAAGUUCUUACAAUGAGGAUUUCGUAAUCUUAGCUAAUUCCGAUACCUCCUGGCAACAUAAAUUAACCCGUUUUGGAAGAAAACGAACGCCAUCCCAAAUGUAGCCUGGCAAUAAAUCUAACCGAUGACAAAG